CCAGGACCAGGAGAAUGAGAUGAGGAUAUCUCCCAACCCAAAGCUCAUCUAGAGAUGCUAUGUUCCCAGGAUAUCCACGCAGAUCCCAUCACGCGCUCUGCGCGGCUCUCCGCCACCGCCAAAAGACGGAGCCAAUAUAAGACGACGACGAUCGUCGUCCGCCCGACGCUGCAGCGGCUACCUACCUGCCAGCGUGUGCACGUCGGUCGAUCUCCAGCCGGAAUCCCAAUCCAAUCUUUUCGUCCGCAGCAUCGAUCUGCGAGGAUUGGGUGGGCUGUUCUUCUUGCCUUCAAACCGGAUAUUUUGACCAGAGUAUCUAUUCUCGUCAUUUCUUUUUCUUUCUGCAAAAGGCAAAUGGUGGGUGUAUGUUGAGGAUAUUCCGGUGUCUAUGUUAUUUCUUCUACUAUCUCUGAGCAUAGUAGCUAGCUAGCUAGCUAGUAUCCUGAACCAUGAAUAUACUUCUGCCGCCUUUGCAUCAUGAUAUGGUGUGUGAUGCUGCAAAAAAGAAAGUUGAUAGCAUAUGUUUUGUCGCUCAUCUAUAAUGUACUGUCUACUGUACCCGUGAAGAAAGUUAUUCCAGUAGCUAGGCCCGUAGCCGUUGGCGACGCUGUCAGGAAUCGAAUGCCGUCCGUUUUGCAGCUACAUAAAUAGCCGUCCGUUUCUUACAGCCCCAAUCAACCAUCCAAGCACAACCACUACGGUUUGCUGCGUCUCUGCACUUACUUAGGUGACUCACUCACUGCCGACCAUGGACAACUCUUCAGAUGCUCACAGCCGUCACAGUUGCGCGGCGUGCUACCGUCAGUUCAACCGGAUGGAGCACCUGGUGGAGCACAUGCGGUCGUCGCACCACUCCCACCACGAGCCCCGCUGCGGCGUCUGCGGCAAGCACUGCCGCUCCCUCGACGCCCUCCGCGACCACCUCGGCUUCGGCGCCUCCCUGCCCUCCAAGCCCGCCUGCGCCGCCACCUUCCAAGCCCACGGCUGCCCGCUCUGCCUCGCCGUCUUCCCCACCUCCGCCGCCCUUCGCGCCCACCGCCCAGCAUGCAAGCUCUCCGGCGCCCCCCAUCCUUCCUCGGUGCAGAGCCUCACGAGGACUAUGUCGAGGGUGGGCGCGCGAGGCGGCCGCGGCGCGGUGGCGCUGGGGUGCAAGAUGGUGGGCGGCGGGAGCGACGGCACGCUGGACGUGUGCGCGCGCGUCUGCGUCGUCGACGAGCACGAGGCCAUCCUCUACGAGAGCUUCGUGAAGCCCCUCAUCCCGGUCACGCACUACCGGUACGAGACCACGGGCAUCCGGCCCGAGCACCUGCGCGACGCGCCGACGGUGAAGCAGGCGAUGAGGCGGGUCCAGGACAUCCUCCUCAACGGCGAGCAAUCUUAUUACUCCUCCCGCGGCGCGGCCCGGCUCCUCGUCGGCCACGGGCUGGAGCACGACCUCGACGCGCUCGGCAUGGACUACCCGGCGCACCUCAGGCGGGACACGGCCGCGUACCCGCCGCUGAUGAAGACGAGCGCCAGGCUCAUGAGCAACUCGCUCCGGUAUCUCACGCGGAGCUGCCUGGGCUAUGACAUACAGACCGGCGGACACCAUCACCCCUACGACGACUGCGUGGCCGCCAUGCGCCUCUACAAGAGGAUGCGCGCCAUGAGUCACCUGCACCUGCACGGCCGGCCCAAGGACGACGAUGAUGAGUCCGCGGUCAAGGCCUUCCCGGCGUGGAGGCAGCGAGAGCUGGAGCGCAUGUCGCCGGAGGAGCUCCUGGCGAUGUCCAAGCCCGACUACCGAUGUUGGUGCCUCGACGACGACCGCCGAUGCUGACGGCAGCCUGCUCCCUACGGGAUUCGAAUCUUGGCUGGCGCUUUUACUUGGUGGAAUGGUGGUGAUGAUGAAAAGAUAAAGAGAAAAUAAAAUACCGCGUGCGUCGGAUGGAUAGUUGCCGUAGACGUGUGGUGGUCGAAUAAAUCACAGUUUUGCUUUGUGUG